AUGGUAAACUCUACAAUAUUAAGCAACACCAAACAAAUUAGAGGAUUUAGCUUCUAAUUGAAGAAACCAAAAACACAGAAAUCAAUAUCCAUGGCGUCCUAAAGAAUAAGAAGGGGUUUUUCCUUUGUAGUUGAUUAAUGGAAAAUUAGUAAAUUAUAAUCAUAGCUUUUCUCACAGAAUCAGUCACUCAUUUAAUCCUCAAUCUCAAUAGCUAGUUAGGAAGCUUCCCUAAUGAACUCGGAAUUCAGUAUUGGCAAGAAGAUUCGUGGUUUCAACUUUGUUAGGAACAAAAAGCAAUUAUGA